AUGGUUAAGUGCCUAAUCCGAAUCAAUACCAGGGUUAAUGUGCACCUGCGCAUGAUUAACCACUGCUACCGGGAUGUGAAAGUGCGCGUACUCAGUCUGGGGCCACGACUGUUGGGAAAGGCCCUGGGAGUGCUGCCUCUUUACCCAGCCAUUACCAGUCAGCAAGAGCCUCUGCAGACAUUUCCUCUGUCUGCAACACCACAGCUGCAUGUAUUUUCCAGCACAAGCUCAGGUCUCGAAUCACUGAGGGAUAGUUCACACUCCACACCUGUGCGGUCCAUCUCACAUAGUGAUUCAUUUAUUCGUCAUUCCCAUAGCCAGGUGAAUGAGUCCGGCAAUGUCGCAGAGGUAAUUGCUGAUGACAUCUAUAGCCCAUCAGACAGUGUUCUACCUACAACACUUAACAAGCUUACCUUAGAGCCAGACAUUCUGACCACACGUCAUACUAAUGAAACUUCCUGCAGUACUGAGGAGAAACAGGAGGAUGAGCAAAGCUCAACAAUUGUAAGAGAACCAGGUGAACCAGAAACAACAGAAAGCACUCUUCUGGUGGUGCCUGACCCUACAGAGGUGGAAGGCAUAAACAGAUUUGUCCUAAGUAUCCUCUGUUUGCUCCUCAUAACCAUUGUACUCCUGCUCCUCCUUAUUCUUACAGAGUCUGAUCUGGACAUGGCCUUUUUAAAUAAUAUCCGUCAAACACCUGAGUUUAAGCAAUUUCAUUAUGAAUACUUUUGUCCUCUUCGACGGUGCUUUGCCUGUAAACUGCACUGGGUGGGAGACUUGCUCAUUAGCAAAUAAGAAUAAAUAAAAGUGCAAAAAUGUGUCAAUCAAUUGAAAUAUGCAUGAAAGAAUAAGAAAGAGAAAAGGGUAAAAAGAGAGAGACAGACGGACAGUAAGCUUGAGUUUAUUUCUUUUAAUUUAACCUUUUAAUGUUACUUUCUGGAACAUGUAAUAACCUGAGGUUAUUUAAAUAAAACAGAUUUUUUUUAUUAUUUACAUUACUAUUUAUUAGUAAUUCAUGGUAAAUCUUUUAAAAGAUGACACAAGAAGCUCCAAACCCAUGAGUAAGGUUGAAAAAAAGAAAAUUGUGAAAUAGAUUUGAUUAUCUUGAAGCAAUCCCAGAAUUUUCUCUCGAAUGCUGUUUCAUAAUAACUUAUUAUAAGGUGUUAUAUCCUAAAGAAAACCACUUUAGGUGGAGCGAUUGAUAUACAAUAUAUUGCAUUGGUACAAUAACAGAAGUAUUUAUAAGAUGAUAUUGUAAGCAAUAUCUUAUGAUAUAUGAAGAUGAAAGAUUAAAGGAUUGAAGUAAGAUGAAAAGGAAAUGUUACAUAUAGAAUACCGAGCCCAAUCAAACAGGCCAAAGCUGUUGGAGAUAGAGACCACAUUUUUUCUAAGGUGAAACAUAAGAGAUUAAAAGUGUAAGAGUUUGUCAGGGAGUUUGUCAGGGAGUGCUGAGUGAAUAUCUUCAAUCUUUGGAAAUAUGGAAAAAUUAGUUUGAGUCUUUUAAAAUAAUUUAUGUUCAGAUUGGUUAAAAACAAAUGUAAAGGUUUCUUGUAUGAUUUGUUAUUUGAAUAUUAUUUCACU